GCGGAUUUCGGAGCCAACCAGGAAAAGGGCCUCAGACGCCAGGAGCGUCUUUCGCGACUCCUCUGACGGGGCUCGCACUCGGCCCGCCUCGCCUCUCGCCGCCGCCUAGAGAUGGAACCCGGUCGAGGCACCGCAGCAGGAGCCCAAAUGGCAGAGACUUCUGCCUCCCAGAAGAAGCAGAGCAGGGAAACGAGGACACAGGGUGCUCUGCCAUCCCACUGCAGUUGGACCAAGACUCUCUUGGGCUUUGAAAGUGCCGAUCUUUCCAGCUGGCAUCGCUUUGUCUGCUUGCUGAACAGGCCUACCGACCCUGGAGCUCUGGGAGUCUUCCGUUUCCUCUUUGGUCUGUUGAUGGCCUUGGACAUUCCACAAGAACGGGGCUUGAGCUACUUGGACCACAGGUACUUGGACGGCCUGCAGGUGUGUCGCUUCCCCCUCUUCAACUUCCUGGAGCCACUGCCACUGGACUGGAUGUACGUGGUCUACACAGUGAUGUUGCUGGGUGCCUUGGGCAUCAUGUUGGGCUGCUUCUACCGGCUCAGCUGCCUGCUUUUCCUACUGCCGUACUGGUAUAUCUUCUUCCUGGACAAAACAGCCUGGAACAACCAUUCCUACCUGUAUGGACUGAUUGGCUUCCAGCUUACAUUCAUGAAUGCAAACCGCUACUGGUCUAUUGAUGGCUUAUGGAAUCCACGGAAGAGAAAUGCUCAUGUGCCCCUGUGGAACUACACAAUGUUGCGCUUUCAGAUCUUCAUUGUUUAUUUCAUUGCGGGCAUCAAGAAGCUGGAUGCUGAUUGGGUGGAAGGCUACUCCAUGGGCUCUCUGGCUAAGCAUUGGCUCUUCAGCCCAUUCAGGUUGGUGCUGUCAGAGGAGAUGACCAGCUUACUGGUGGUGCAUGGCGGGGGUUUGGUGCUGGAUCUGACGGCUGGCUUCCUGCUCUUUUUUGAUGCCAGCCGCCCUGUUGCCCUCUUCUUUGUCUCCUACUUCCACUGUAUGAACUCACAACUCUUCAGCAUUGGCAUGUUUUCCUAUACCAUGCUGGCCUCCAGCCCCCUCUUCUGUUACCCUGACUGGCCACGUCGCUUGAUUGCUAAGUUCCCAGGCUUCUUGCAGAAGUUCCUGCCCUCUACAGAUCUGCCGCAGCCCAGCCAGGAGUGUGUGUAUAGAGAAGUAGGGAAGCAGAGAUUGGGCAAGACAACUCAGAAGGUGGGGCUGCGACAGAAAUUGGGAGCCAUCUUUACUGUACUCUAUGUGGUGGAACAGUUCUUCCUGCCUUACUCACACUUCAUCACCCAGGGUUAUAACAACUGGACCAAUGGGCUGUAUGGCUAUUCAUGGGACAUGAUGGUCCAUUCGCGCUCCCACCAACAUGUGAAGAUUACGUACCGGGAUGGUCUCACUGGGGAACUUGGCUAUCUGAACCCAGGGGUGUUCACUCAGAGCCGGCGCUGGAAGGACCACGCAGAUAUGCUGAAACAGUAUGCCACUUGUCUGAGUCACUUGUUGCAAAACUACAAUAUUUCGCAGCCAGAGAUCUACUUUGAUAUCUGGGUCUCCAUCAACGACCGCUUUCAGCAGAGACUCUUCGACCCCCAUGUGGACAUUGUGAGGGCUGAGUGGUCACCUUUCAAAAAGACGCCAUGGCUGAAGCCUCUUUUGGUUGACUUGUCACCAUGGCGGACAAAGCUGCAAGAGAUUGAGAAGUCACUGGACAACCAGACAGAGGUGGUCUUCAUUGCAGACUUUCCAGGUCUGCACCUUGAGAACUUUGUCAGUGAGGACCUCGGCAACACCAGCCUCCACUUGCUGAAGGGGGAAGUCGCUGUGGAGAUUGUCAACAAGCAGACAAAUUAUACAUUGCAAGAAGGAGACAGAAUACAGUUGCCAGCUGGUGAAUAUCAUAAAGUCUUCACAGUGUCCCAGGAUCCCUCUUGCUACAUGUAUAUGUAUGUCAACACCACUGAAGCAGCCCUCGAGCAGAACUUCACUCAGCUUCAGGAGCUGCGGGAAAAGGUGCAGAACGGGAGUGAAACGGAGCCUCUCCCCCCAGAGCUGCAGCCUAUCUUAGAUGGUUCCCUGGAGAACGUGACCCAGGCAGACCCUGUCGUCGAGGCUUUCCUUCGGCGGCAGCAUCGGAUGGAAGAGCUGCAGAAGCGUCGCAAUGCCACACUGGUAGAGCGUUUCCACCGUUUCACCAACAAGAAGUAUUUCAUCUUUCGCAGGAGCCUUCUGAUGACCUGGAUCUCCAUACGGAACUUGGUUUUUGGCCGCCCCUCCCUGGACCAGCUAGCACAGGAGGUAGCCUAUGCCAAUAUGCAAUAUGACGUGGACUCCACUGCAAACAGUCAGGACACUUCUUCAAAAGAGAUGGAGCAUUCUGAACUCUGAACGACCUCAGUCAGCAACCUGGGCUCAUCUCACAGCGGAGCCAAGGGAAAGCGUGUAUGCAUGCCAAGGAGUCGCUCUCUUGUCUGUGCUGUGGCCUUCUGGGCCUAAACCUGGAGAAAGCCUUUAGCAGAUGCCUCUCUGCAUUCCUGUUUCUCAGUGGACAGACUGCAGACUCCGACUGGAUUUCUGAACCACUGCCUGUUGUGAUCCUGCUCUGACUCCUGUUCUUGUGGUGUUAGCGGCACAUUUGUAUAGUGCCCUAAGGAGAGAAGAGGGGGCAGGCAUGGGGGCAACCAAACUGGGUUGGGGUACCGUUGCUUUCACAACAGUGGCAGGUGGGCUCCAGGGCAUUGUGGGGUGGCUGUUGCACAGUGGGGCUCAAAGGGCCUCUUAGUGUUUGUGCUGCUUUGUUGGGCUACCCUAGAGCCAGGUAGUCUUGCUAGGCAGAUAGUUGUGGGAAUCUGUUGGCAAAAGGAGUGGAAUGUAAGGAACUGCAGGAGCUGGCUGGGACUGCAGCUUGGAAGGAACAUAGAGAGGCUGAAGAAUAGCAGCAGGGAAGGAGUCAAAGGCCAGGAACUUUCUCCCAGAUGCAUUUCAUGGUUGCCCUUAACCACCUUGAAGCAGUUCCGUUUACCGCUAGAUGCAGUGGUGAAUUGUAUGGAAUGGCUGCCCUCUGCAGUAGAAGGAGCCACAGUCAAACUGUCUAGCCUAAGACUGUCUGCCUUGAGUGGAAGCUACAGCAGCCUACUUUCCCAGUGUUGUCACUGCUUUUUAGUGGGAGAUGCCAGGGCCUGAACCGGAGAGCCUUUGCUGUUAGAGCAUUUCCCACUCUUUCACUGGACCCACAGCCCAUCUGCCAUCUUCAUGUAAUUGAGAGAGCGCUGGCCACCUUCUGGUCUGUCAGUCAUGUAUCUGAGCCUUGACUGGGGCACAGUAGCCAUUUUUUAGCUAAGAACCAUUGCUAAGAUCCAAAGUACCUUUUUUAAAUUAAAAAGCAUAUCA